ACCCCGGCGUGUGCACACCAUGCCUGUGGUCAGCGUCCUCCUCUGGGCCACCCUGCUGACUCUGGGCUGGCGGGCCGCCCACGCCAAGGACUACGUGCCUGCCACCCCCAGGGUGCAGCUCUCCUUCAAAGAGCUGAAGGCCACCGGCACCGCGCACUUCUUCAACUUCCUGCUCAACUCCAGCGACUACCGCAUCCUGCUGAAGGACGAGGACCAUGACCGCAUGUACGUGGGCAGCAAGGACUACGUCCUCUCACUGGACCUGCACGACAUCAACCGCGAGCCCCUCAUUAUCCACUGGCCUGCCCCCCCGCAGAGGAUUGAGGAGUGCAUCCUGUCAGGCAAGAACAGCAACGGGGAGUGUGGUAACUUCAUCCGCCUGAUCCAGCCCUGGAACCGGACCCACCUCUACGUGUGCGGCACUGGCGCCUACAACCCCAUCUGCGCCUUCGUCAACCGCGGGCGCAAAGCGCAGGGGUUUCCGCCGAGCCAGCCCGUCCCUCCGGGAGGCCGGGAAAGCAGAGCCGCCGACGGCCCCCGCAGCCCAAGACCGGCAGAAAGCAAGGAUUAUAUCUUCUACCUGGAGCCAGACAAGCUGGAGUCGGGCAAAGGGAAGUGUUCCUAUGACCCCAAGGUGGACACCGUCUCUGCAUUAAUAAAUGAAGAGCUCUAUGCCGGCGUAUACAUUGAUUUCAUGGGCACCGACGCAGCCAUCUUCCGCACCAUGGGCAAGCAGACGGCCAUGAGGACGGACCAGUACAAUUCACGCUGGCUCAAUGACCCAGCCUUCAUCCGUGCCCAGCUCAUCCCCGACAGCAGCGAGAGGAACGAUGACAAACUCUACUUCUUCUUCCGCGAGAAGUCCGCUGAUGCCCCGAUGAGCCCGGGGGUCUAUUCCCGCAUCGGGCGCAUCUGCCUGAACGACGAUGGGGGCCACUGCUGCCUGGUGAACAAGUGGAGCACCUUCUUGAAGGCCCGUCUCGUCUGCUCAGUGCCGGGACCUGAUGGGAUUGAGACGCACUUUGAUGAGCUCCAGGACGUCUUCAUCCAGCAGACACAGGACACCAAGAACCCCGUUAUCUACGCCGUCUUCUCUGCAUCGGGGUCAGUGUUCAAGGGCUCAGCCGUCUGCGUCUACUCCAUGGCUGAUAUCCGCAUGGUGUUCAACGGGCCCUUCGCGCACAAGGAGGGCCCCAACUACCAGUGGAUGCCCUACACAGGCAAGAUGCCCUACCCCAGGCCAGGCACUUGCCCCGGGGGGACCUUCACGCCCUCCAUGAAGUCAACCAAGGACUACCCCGACGAGGUGAUCAACUUCAUGCGCGCGCACCCGCUGAUGUACCACGCCGUGUACCCGACCCACCGCCAGCCGCUGGUCGUGCGCACCAACGUCAACUACCGCUUCACCACCAUCGCUGUCGACCAGGUGGACGCGGCAGACGGGCGCUAUGAGGUGCUUUUCCUGGGCACAGAUCGGGGCACAGUGCAGAAAGUCAUUGUGCUGCCCCGGGACGACAUGGAGACAGAGGAGCUGAUGCUGGAGGAGAUUGAGGUGUUCAAGGUGCCGGCACCCAUCAAGACGAUGACCAUCUCCUCCAAGAGGCAACAGCUUUACGUGUCCUCGGCCGUAGGAGUGACCCACCUGGCCCUGCACCGGUGUGACGUGUACGGAGAAGCCUGCGCUGACUGCUGCCUGGCGCGGGACCCCUAUUGUGCCUGGGACGGCAAGGCCUGCAGCCGCUACUCGGCAUCCUCCAAGAGGCGGAGCAGGCGGCAGGACAUCCGACACGGCAACCCCAUGCGCCAGUGCCGGGGCUACAACUCCAAUGCCAACAAGAACGCGGUGGAGGCCGUGCAGUACGGGGUGGAGGGCAGCACCGCCUUCCUCGAGUGCCAGCCACGCUCACCGCAGGCCACCGUCAAGUGGCUGCUGCAGAAGGACAACAGCGACCGGCGGAAAGAGCUGCGCACCGAGGGUGGCCGGGUGCUGCGGACGGAGCAGGGCUUGCUGCUACGCGCCCUGCAGCUCUCCGACAGCGGCCUCUACUCCUGCACCGCCACCGAGAACAACUUCAAGCACACGGUGACCAGGGUGCAGCUCCGCGUCCUGGCCGCCCGUGCUGUCCACGCCGUCCUGCUCCAAGCCGAGGUGCCCCCCGCCGGGCUGCCGGGAGCCCCCACGCCACGCUACCAGGACCUGCUGCAGCUCCUCAGCCGCCCUGAGCUGGGACUCCUCGACCAGUACUGCCAGGGCUACUGGCGGCCCCCGGCCCCUGGCCCCCCCGAGCCACUGGCUGCCCUCAAAGCCAAGGAGCUGCAGGACCAGAAGAAGCCACGGAGCCGCCGGAAUCACCCGCCAGAGACCUGCGGGCACACAUGAACCCCUCGCCAGGG